AUGGUGACAAAACCAACACUUACUCCGAAUAAGCAGACCCAAAAUCUGACAAUUGAACCAAAAAAACGAAUCGAAGAGAUUUUAUCAUAUCCAAUUUUGUUGUCGGAUAGGGUUGAUGAAGCUGUAAAGGAGGCGGACUCGUUCAAGUUCGAGUGCUUGGAGGUGGGCAAGAAAGUGGGCAAUCUUUGUCUAAUGCUACGUGUAGCCGUGUGUCUUUCCACAUCCACCACCCCUGGUGUUUCCUUCUACGAUAGCCCCCUCCGCCGUAUAGCCGUCGAGGUGUCGAAAAAUCUUGAAAAGUCACUGGCCCUGCUCAAGAAGUGCAAGCAGUGGAGCGUGCUCCGACGUGUGGUUACAUUGUUUGGCAUUCUCACUUGA